AUGCCGUACCUCCACCAGUAUGACUACCUCAUGGGCAUCGGCACCAUCUUUGCCAUGCUCGACGCCUACAACAACGGCGCCAACGAUGUGGCCAACGCUUGGGCUACCUCGGUCUCGAGUCGCAGUAUUUCAUACCGCAUGGCCAUGGUCUGCGCCCUGGUCUUUGAGUUGCUUGGUGCCCUCACCGUAGGAGCACGAACAGCCGACACGAUCAAGAACGGUAUCAUUCCGCCAACCGCCUUCCGUGGCAACGCUGGUGUUCAGAUGCUCGCUUUCACUUGCGCCCUCGCCGGUGCCUCGUCCUGGGUCAUGUGGUGCACUCGUCACUCUGCCCACGUCUCGUCGACCUAUUCGCUCAUCUCGGCCGUCGCUGGUGUCGGUAUCGCCACGGCCGGCGCCCGCAACGUCCAAUGGGGAUGGAACAACGGCAAGGGUCUCGGUGCCAUCUUCGCCGGUCUCGGUAUGGCUCCCAUCUGCUCCGCCGGCUUCGGUGCCAUCACCUUCCUCCUCAUCAAGCUCGUAGUCCACCUCCGCCGCAACCCUGUCCCCUGGGCUGUGUGGACCUCGCCCUUCUUCUUCCUCAUCGCCGGUACCGUCUGCUCCCUCUCCAUCGUCUACAAGGGAUCGCCCAACCUCGGCCUUGACAAGAAGCCCCCUAGCUUCAUCGUCGCCGUCUCCCUCGGCACCGGCUUUGGACUCGCCCUCCUCUCUGCCCUCUUCUUCGUCCCGUGGCUCCACGCCAAGGUCAUCAAGAAGGACCAGACCCUCAAGGCCUGGCAAGUCAUCAUGGGUCCCCUCCUCUGGUCGCGCCCCUACGCCACCGAGGCUGAGUCUGCCGUCGCCAUUGUCCCCAACUACGCCGUCGUCCAGCACAAGGACUACGUUCCCAACACCGAGGAGUCCACGCAGACCGGUGACGACUCCUCCGACGAGAAGAUCGCCCCCGUCAACGACCUCAUCGCUCCUCACAAGACGUAUCAGGAGCUCGAAGCUGAGGCUCGCGAGCGUCUCCACGCCAAGCUGCGCCAGGGCACCGGUCCCCUCGGCUGGGCCAUGCGCUACCUCCACGCCAACCCCAUCGGCGACGGUGCUUGCUACGAGACGCACAACAUGAAGCUCUACGCCAAGCGCCUCCCCGCCAUGUGCGUCGUCGCCCUCCUCUACGGUUCCCACUACGACAUCCACGUCGCUCAGGCCGGUGUCGCAGGCACCCCCGAGGGCAACCGCAUGGAGCGCGUCUACGCCCACGCCAAGAUGUACCCCAACGAGGUCGAGCACACCUACUCUUUCAUCCAGUUGAUCACGGCAUGCACCGCCUCCUUCGCCCACGGCGCCAACGACAUCGGUAACGCCGUCGCUCCUUGGGCCGUCAUCUACUCUGCAUGGUCCACGGGCAACCCGGCCGCCUCGAAGCUCCCCGUCGCCACCUGGCAGAUUGCCGUCCUCGCCCUCGUCCUCGUCUUCGGCUUCGUCACCUACGGCUACAAGAUCAUGACCGUCAUGGGCUCCAAGCUCACCUACCACUCGCCCUCUCGUGGUACCUCGAUGGAGCUCGGUGCGGCCAUUACCAUCCUCAUCUUCUCGCAGUACAAGCUCCCCGUCUCCACCAGCAUGUGCAUCACGGGCGCAACCGUCGGCGUCGGUCUCUGCAACGGCACCUUCAAGGCCGUCAACUGGCAGCGAGUCGGACUCCUCUUCCUCUCCUGGAUCGUCACGAUCCCCAUUGCCGGUCUCCUCGCCGGUCUCCCCAUGGCCGCCAUCCUGGCCGCUCCCCGCUUCGUCUGA